AUGAAGCCACCCACGCGGCUCGCCAGCCAGGCCCUGCCCCGGCUCUUCGUCACCAGCCGACCACGCUGCAUUGCGUCUAAGCCCAUCGCCGCCAGAGCAGCCCUCCACUACUCAGCCGCCGACCCAGCCAACGUCGCCCCCUUCUGCGCAACCGGCCCUCCGCCGGACCCACCACAGCCGGCCGCGGAGCACCCCUACGCCAAGGUCGAGAGGAGGAGGAAGCAGGCCGAGCUUCUCAAGAACGCAAAGGAGCUGCGGGAGGCCGGCAGCGGCAAGAGCCCCGGGAAGUCGCCGCUGAAGAAGCGCUUCUGGCAGGACGUCCACAUCAAAGAGGUCGAUGGCGCCUACCAGAUCCACCUCGACGCCCGGCCCCUCCGGCACCCAACGACCAAGACGAUGGUCAACGUGCCGCUCUCGAAGCCGUACCUGGCGCACGCCCUCGCGCUCGAGUGGGACCUCCUGACCUCGGCCCAGCAGGCGACCAAGAGCCACCUGAUCCCGCUGACGUCGCUCGUGUGCCGCGCGCUCGACAUCGCAGACGACGACGCCAAGCACCGCGGCGGAGGCUUCGCGCCCGCCCGCACCGCUGUUACCGACGUGCUCCUGCGCUACCUCGACACCGACUCGUUGUUGUGCUGGGCGCCGCUCCAGACCGACCCUCUCGCCUCGGACCAGGCCCCACUGAGGGAGCUCCAGGAGCGCGUGGAGAUCGAGCCUGUGCUGGACGAAGGGCUGCUGCUGCCCAAGGAGCAGAAGCCUGGGGUGAGGGAGGUCAUUCAGGGGUGGGCGAUGGGCCUCGAUGCCUGGGACCUGGCUGGGCUGGAGAGAGCGGCUCUCGCUGGGAAGAGCUUGUUGGGCGCGGCCAGGCUGGUGGUAGAGUGGAGUGAAGGCAGCGCCGGGCGCACUGGUAGGGAUGCUUCUUCUGGUGGACAAACCAUCAAGAAUAGCAAGAGGUCAUUUGGGGUUGAGGAGGCGGCAAAGGCGGCCAGCUUAGAGGUGGAUUGGCAGACAGGCAAGUGGGGAGAGGUUGAGGAUACCCAUGAUGUAGAAAAGGAGGAUUUGCGUAGACAGCUGGGAAGCACAGUGCUCCUGGUCUCGGGUAAGGGGGCCUGGUAG